AUGAGUAACUAUACCGACCAUUUUCCGGACGUGGGGUCAAGUCGGCCGUCGUACCGUGGAGCGAUGGUUCUAGGGACUGAGAUGGCCGGAUUCGUGGCUCUCCCCCAUAAUAUGCGCCAGAGGCCAUGGUUGAGUUCUUCUCAGAACGAGCUUCAGUUUCAUGGAGAUGCGGACAGUGAUGGUAUAGCUGAGGUGGACGACGCCGUCUCUGAGGUUUCAUGGUCUCCAGCAAGAGCAAGCACUUUUCCAGUGGAUGAAUUGACUGAGGAUGGAGGGAUGGAUACAGGUAUGGACGUUAACAGUACCUGUAUGGGGAGUGGUUGUAUGGAGUGUACGGAUCCCGAUGGACGAACUUGUUCUGAUACGAAAACGUGGCACGGGGCAACCACGCAUAUGGCGCUCACAUGGGAGAGGACUUGGGAGAAACAUUGGGAGAACGCCAUGAGCUCCUCUUACAUCAAUGAAGAGCAGGCCAGCAAGCAAUCCGGAGAGCAAACAGAAAAUGAGGAGGAGUUGUUCACAGCGAGGGAUAAUGAAGGAGAAGGGUCAUCAUUCCAGAUGUCUCGACGAUCUCGAUCCGCCUCCUAUCUACUCCGCCUCAGAACUGAAGAACGAGGAGUCACGGAUUUACGAUAUUACUCUCCACACUCUGAACCUUCUCGAUCUUCUGAGCGUUCUCCAUCCUCUCGGUUCUCCUAUUCCUCCAAUUCCUCCCGCUCACUUCCUCCCGCUCAGCUGUCUGCAUCUCGGAAAAGGAUCCGUCGGAGGAGUACCGCCCUUGAACACCACGGACACAUCAAGAUUCAUCACCAUCAAGAUACCUCAUACUGUCCUUCUUCUGCUAUUCCGCCUACGAAUUUUCCUAAUUCCCAUCCUCAUUCAAUCCUACACUCUCCCCCUCCUUCUCCGUACAAUCCCACACCUAGUUUUCACCAGGCACAUCCUUCGUCAGUGGAAUCACUGACAUCACCGAAUUCUCCUACACUAUCGUCCCCCGAUGCUGGACGACCGCCUUCCAAUCAUUCUGAACCACAACAAACCACUUCCUCAAUGGUGGUCCCUCUGAUUCAUCAUCCCAUGGCGGACAGCUUCCUUGCUCCUACCGCGUCAGACAUCACCGUCGCCGAUCCCGAUGCGAUCGGGGACUUCCACGAUUUCCUCGGCGUCUGGCAAGGCGAAUCAGGACGCGGAGCAAGAGGAUGGCCAUACGUUAGCCUCCCGCACGAUGGCUCACCAAUUAAUACCUCAGUUGGCUCGAAAAGGGUGUACAACUCAGUUAAAUCCUCAGUCAUAUCGGACCAGCAAGGGAUCACUUGGCAGGACGCAAUGACAACCAGGGACGCUGCGAGAGGUGCCCGCUCCAUUUUUUACCGUCACAUAACUCCAAUGGGUUGUGUAUCAACAAACCGCGAUCACUUCAAGCAAGAUCACGCCCCUUUUGGAUUCCGAUCAUUUCAGCCAAUAUCGGAAGAAUCCACGCGACCAAAAGUAUUGCAUUUCCAAUUACGGAAUUUAUUAGCGACCACUUCCUUGGGCAACGUUUAUUUCGCCAGUGACCAUCUUGUUCAACGCUUUAAUCCUUCGGAUGGAUCCGUUCGAACGGUCCUCAACACACACAGCGAGCCGUCCACCAGACAUCAGCACAGUAUAGUCUCCCUGGCUGCGAACCAAGGCCUUGUGGUUGCCGGCGAAUUGCAGGGCGGUUACGCCAUGAAGUAUCUUCAUUCAUCGCUCGGCAGUAAUCCAAUUAGGGGGACAGUUACAUCGCCCCGAGAAUCCGGUAGUAUAAACCACGUCGAGGUUAGCAAGGACCGAAUUUCCGGAAACCCAAUUGCCGUUUUCUCGUCGAACGAUCAGUAUAUCCGAAUCCUCGAUUGCGAACGAAAUAUAUUCACGCACAAGAGCACGUAUAAUGGGCCGGUCAACUGCUCUGCCACGUCCCCUGAUGGCCGCAUGCGAGCAGUUGUAGGCGAUUUUAACGAGAUAGUGUUUACAGAAGCAGUCUCUGGAGCACCGAUCACCCGAGUCACUGGCGUCCACUCCAAUGCAUUUGCCUUCGCAUGUGCUUGGUCACCUGAUGGCCUCCACGUAGCAACCGGAGGCGACGACCUCCGCGUCGUCAUCCGCGAUGUCCGAAUGUGGACGCAGACGGUGGGUGUGGUGGACUCCAAACUCACCUACCCGCGCUCCCUGCGCUUUUCACCCCUAGGCGGCGGUUCCCGCAUCCUCGCGAUCGCGGAGCAAGAUGACGUCCUCCAGCUCGUGGACGCGUCGACCUACGAUUCCGAACACGUGCACGUGCAGGACAUGUUCGGGGCGAUCGCCGGGUUCGAUUUCUCCGAGGGCGGAGAUAAAAUAUAUCUCGCGAACGCCGAUCGACGGUAUGGCGGCGUCUUCGAGUACGAGAGGACUGGGUGCACGAGCCGUUGCGUCGACGACACUAUCCUUCACCUCAUCCCCACGUGGGAUUCCGAAAGGUCAAAGGACGUCAUUCGAAUGAGGGAGUUGGCGGGGAUCUGCCUGUGA